AGUUUGAGUGGCUAUGCAAAUGAAGUUUGGUUUAUUUGGAUAAAUGAUCGCAUUUCCCGUUUAAAUCACAUGACAGGGCGGAAGGUCUACAUAUAUAAUGUAGCUGGGCCCGCACAUUAAAUUCACUCAUCAUCAUCAGGUCGACAUACCAGGAAGAGGCGGCUGUACAGAGGACAUUUUGGAUAUUUACAGCUAACUACUCGUGAUCCCUGACCCUAGAGAUGGACCCGCGUGCUCAGGACGUCCUACUGUGUGACCUCUGUGAAACUGACCCCCUACAGUAUCUCUGUGAACAUUGCGAUAUCAAUCUUUGUACUAACUGUGUCAGUAAACAUCUCUCAGAUUCCUCUAAAAAACACAAAAUCGCACCCUAUCAUUUACACAGAAAGUUUACUCCUAAAUUCUCAAAAUGUCUGAAACACGCCGACAAAGAUUGCGAACUGUACUGUGAGAGCUGUCACAUUCCUGUCUGCUCUACCUGCAUCUCCUCAGGUAAACACAAAGGUCACGAUAUAUCAGAUAUUCUGGAAAAACUCGGCUCUAAAAAACAACGCAUAGAAAAAGAUUUAGAAGAACUCGAGAAGAAAAUUUACCCCCGAUAUACGGAAAUUUCCUCCGCUGUCCAAACUGAGAAAGCCGAAGCACAAACGAAUUACGGAAAACUGGCCACAACUGCUGACCAACAAGGAGAAGUCUGGCAUCGCGAGGUCACCGACAUUGUCAACAAACGGAAAGCAGACAUUGUAGAGACAAAAACUAAACAUCUCUCUCUAUUAGAUAAACAAGCAGAUGAAAUCACGCACAGAAUGACUGAAAUCAACCAGGCCAUUCUAGAAAUGAAAAACAUCCUGGACACCAACGACAUCUCCUUAACAUCAACUUACAAAUCUAGAAAUAAUGAAUUCAAUAAACUGCCUCCUACAAUCAAAGUUACAUUACCAAGCUUAUCUACUCCAACAAUUAACACAGAAAAACUUAACGAGAUGUUUGGUUUAUUAACUUCACUCUCCGUUACAACAGUCAAACCACUGCUAGCUGAACCGCGACUUACCGCCGCCAUAGACACUGGGUAUGAAUAUCUACACAGUGUUAGCUGUCUGAGUGAAGAUCAAGUCUGGACAUGCGGGGAUAACAAAACCAUGAAGCUCCUCAACCUCCAGAGUAAACUACUGACAUCAAUAAAAACCAAGUCAGGGAACACACCAAUAGACAUAGCAGUGACACAGGACGGAUAUCUUGUUUAUACUGACUCUUGGAAUAACACUGUGAACUUAAUUAAGAAUAAAAAGAUACAGACCGUGAUCAGACUACAGGGGUGGAGACCUCGCAAUGUCUGCUGUACCACGGGUAACGACCUUCUGGUUACCAUGACCAGUGAUGAUCUCAAACAAUCCAAAGUCGUGCGUUACUCCGGCUCCACAGAGACACAAAGCAUUCAGUUUGAUGAUCAGGGUCGUCCUCUCUACUCAUCUGGUGGCAUUAAAUACCUCAGUGAGAAUAGGAACCUGGAUAUCUGUGUGGCUGACUGGGACGCUAGUGCAGUAGUGGUGGUCAAUCAGUCAGGAAAACUCCGAUUUAGAUACACUGGUCAUCCCUCUAAUACCGAGCAAUCAUUUUAUCCAUACGGCAUCACUACAGACAGCCAGAGUCACAUCCUGACAGCAGACCGCUACAAUCACCGUAUCCACAUCCUAGAUCAGGACGGACAGUUCCUCCGCUACAUUCACUGUGAUUUAGAACGUCCAGUAGGUUUAUGUGUGGACAUUAAAGACAACCUCUUUGUGGCUGAGUGGGGCACAGUUAAAGUUAAGAAAAUCCAAUAUCUAUAAACACAGUGUUAAUUACACAGCUCUACAGUGUUAAUUACAUCUAUCAAAAUGGUGUUAAUUUCACAUCUCCAGUGUUAAUUAUACAUGUACAAGGUUCUGUGUUGAUUACCGAUGUUAAUUACAGUCCUGUGUUGAUCACAGCUGUGUUAAUUGCACCAGUGUUUGGGAUUUGUAUUUAACGCCUGCAUUGACAUUAAAUGUGUGUUUGUUUAUGAGUGUUUGAUUGAACUUUAUUUUGUUUGUUAUCUGUGUUAUGUUUCAAUGUAUAUAUUAUAGAUAAACAUGAUUUAGUG